CCACGCGCCAUCGUUCUUCGCGUUGCCGGAGCGGACCCACCCUCCUUCCUCCCAACAUCACCAUACAAGCCAUAAGUAGACGACCACGAAAUGACCACCGAGUGUGUUACGGCCAAAGACAACUCGGUCCUGGCAGGUGCCCACAGGCUCCUGCCUGUAGUGAUUUUCUCCAUCGUCCUAGCUUUCUUGCCAUAUUCGACCCGGCAAUUAUUCCUGCAAUGGCGUGGCGUCCAUGCUCUUGAUGCCCACGGUGUACCAAAAAAAAAGAUGAAGAUGUCAGGCUCUGCCGCUGCUAAGACCAUCAGGUUCAGCCUUGGUCUCCUCGUCGGUCAGGUUCUCGUGUUCGCCAUUACCAAGCUCGACAAUGGCCAGCGACCUAUCUUGAGCGUAAUCCGCCAAGUACUGGUACUUGCCUCGCCUGGUUUGUUGUUAUUUUUCAACGCCUUGUCGCUGGCGAUGUUCUUGGGCCGCAUCACGAAGUGCACCGAACCCUCCGUGACUCGCACGAUUGUCGAUCUCCAGACCAAGAAAGACAGCGUUCUCAACGCGACCCUUGCGGUCGCUUUGCGACAAGAAUCGAAAUAUUAGUAUGCUCGGAUUUGGCUAUGCUACACGGUCGUUGCACCGCUUUGCAUGUCCGCCGUCAUCUGUUUCUCGACUGGCAACGAGCCUCCAACUGUGCUUGCAUGUGCGCUUUUGUCUGCACUUGGCGCUGGAUCGUGGUCAACCUUUGUGCCACCCAGCACCUACGGCGUCAGCUCCUCCACCGGUCAGCUUUCCCUAAGCAACAGAUUGUACAUUGCAAGUCUCCUCCUCGUCAACGGUCUCAUUUACCUCUUCGACGAAGUCAGGGCCACUGUUACUUACCGACAGAGCGCCUUCAAGGGACGCAAGCCGGAUCAGGACUUUCUUGAUGCCUUCUCAU